AUGAUGACAAAUCAUGAUUUGCCAGCACUCUAUGCUAUUCAAUAUUCUGAAUUUGAUAUUUACAAAGGAGCUUAUAUUUAUUAUGAAGUAACUCACACAAGUUUUAGUGAACAUCGACAAUUUCAUUGUGUACGAAAUUUUGUUUGUCCAGAACCGAAUCUAAAAGAUAAACUUAUUGUUUUAACAAUUGAUAAUCAAAAAUUAAUUGGAUGUCCAGUGAUUAUAUCUGAUCAAGAAAAAUAUAAAAAUAAUCGUAAUGAAUUUCGUUUUAAUGCUUGUUUUAUAAUACCAUCACAAGCUGACGCACUUAAAUAUGAAGUUGCUGUUCGAAAAUUGGCUAAAUAUUUACGUACAUUAGAGAUAGAUUCAUGUUUUUUAACAACUGAAACACUUAAACAAGAACAUUUAAAACCAGCAUUGGAUGAAAUUGUUAAACAAAUAAAUAGAAAUGGACAACAAUGUUCUGUGAAAAUGUAUUCAUCAGUUUUUGUUAAUCUUAAAUUACUUGAACAACGAGCUGAACCACCACCAGUUGCUUCAUCAGAUGUACCAAUGUUUUGUAGUAAUAUUGAUUUAAAUGAUAUUGAACAAAUGGAUCAAAUGACACAACGAGUUAUUGCCAGUAUUGAUGGUUUACGACAUGUGAAUAAAAUUUCACAAGAUACAGAUACAGAACUUGAUUUAGUUAAAGCAGCAAUGCAAAAUUUAAUUUAUCAUAAUGUUAUUAAACUUGUUCCAAUAUUUUCUUAUAAAAAUCGUUAUAUAGUAACACCAAAAAUUCACGAACUUUAUACUGAUUUAACAUUACAAAAAGAACUUGUUUUUUUUGUUGUUCGAAGUGGUGCAAAAGAUUGUGUUUCAUUUUAUGAAUGUUUCCGUAUGAUAUGUGCAUUCGAUCAUGGUUCACUUGUUAAGGAUGUUGUUAAUAAAAUGAAAGCCAACAAUAUUGAUGAAAAAAAAUUAGUGCAAUAUUGUGUAUUAAAAGGUUAUUUACGACGUGUACGUGAUUAUCGUAUAUCACUUGAUGAAUCAAUUUAUAUGAAUAAUAAUAAUAAUGUUUGUUCAAAUGGAAGUUCUAAUGGAAAUGAUACACCUAAGUCAAAAAUGCAAACAACACUUAAAGAUUUAUGUGAUGGAACAAAUGAUAGUGAUAGUUUAGCCUGUUUAGGAUACAUUUUCAAUUCACGUUCAUUACCAAUUGUUCGAAAACAUUCACAACCUGCAUCAACUCCACUGGACUCAUAUUUAACACUUUGGAAAUAA